AUGAAGCUUAUUUUUCGAGUUCAGUUCGCUUCUGUGCCGGGCCAAGAUGUCUUUAUUAGUGGAUCUGGAGAUCAGCUUGGAAAUCAUAGGGCAGAUGGUUCGAAAAAGUUGCGGUACACCCCGACAGCGUGGGAGAUCGAGCUUGACGACUUCGCUAUGGGAACAACGCUGCAAUACCGCUACUUCGUGAAAGACGGUACAACAGGGAAGAUCUCAUGGGAACGUGGAAAGCCAAGAACGUUGAUCUUGCCUAAAGAUGUGCAGGUACUCGUAUGUGAUGAUGGCCCGUUUCGACAGGAGCCGAACGUUGAGGAGGAGGUGUUCCAUACCACUGCGUUUCGUGACGUGAUCUACGGUCGCCAUGUUGCCGCAGCGUCGCAGAACGACGCGACGGAUGGAAAAUCGAAGAGAGGCCCCGCACCAGGGAGCGGGCGCGACUUGCUCCUUUUUCAGACACUGCAGGUUCGGGUUUGCCCUUCGGAAGAGGUCUACAUUCGUUUCUUUGUUGACAGGUCUGACGCCGCCACCGCCGCCGCAUCAAACAUUCGCAAGAUUGUUGAAGACGGGACCGAAAAAAGCAUCGAACAGCGCCUAUCGGCGGAUCGCUUUCCAUUGUGGAGCUUGGUCAUGCCGUUAGAUGAGCUUCUUCCGGAUCGCAACCAGGAACAGAUGCUUAAGUACGAGCUCUUCGUUCGCAACAGCGCGAAUGGCUCCACCACUGCGAGCUCUAAAGAUGAUCAGCGGCAUCUAAGGAUACCACCGAAAGAUGUAUCCGUGCAUUACACGGACUAUAGAGCGAUAGAUGACCCCGAGAAGAGCGCUCGAUUCGCAGGUUUCGCAAUCCCAGUGUUUUCGAUCCUAAGCGAAAACUCAUGCGGAGUAGGCGAGCUGCUGGACCUUGAACAAAUGAUCGAUCUCGCUGUGCAAAUGAAGAUGUCACUGAUUCAGCUGCUCCCGCUCAACGAUACAUCAGUGACAGGCACUUGGAGAGAUAGCUAUCCCUACUCUUGCCUCUCGGUGCACGCUUUGCACCCGUUAUACCUGAAUUUAGACGAGCUCAACCCACCCAGUGAAAUCAGUAGGGAAAUUAAGGAGGCGCGCACUCGAUUGAACCAGCUUGAGGCCAUCGACUACGAGGCCGUCAUGAAUACAAAGAUGGCGAUUUUGCGACGUAUGUAUGCCAAUGAUAAGCAGCGCAUUCUUCGAGACCCUGCUUUCCUGAAAUUCUUCAACGAAAAUCAAGAAUGGUUAGUGCCAUACGCAGCGAGCCGAUUUCUGGCCAAAGUGAACGGAACCGCAAAUUUUGAUCAGUGGGGCGCUCGUCGCCGAGUUACGGUGGCAGAUCUUGAGGGACUCGCGUCACCAGAUACGUUCUUCUUCGACGAGCUUGCGCUGCAUUACUACAUCCAGUUCCAUCUGUAUCGACAACUAGCCCGUGUGGGCGCCUACGCCGCCAAGCAUCGGGUAAUCCUGAAAGGCGACCUCCCAAUCGGCGUGCAUCGCUUCAGCGUUGAUGCUUGGAUGAAUCAAGAUCAGUUCUACUUGGAUCGCCAGACUGGGGCACCUCCGGAUCAGUUUGCCGAGUUUGGCCAGAACUGGGGAUUUCCCACCUACAACUGGGAGCGUAUGGCCCUUGAUGGAUACCGUUGGUGGCGAGGCCGCUUGAGAUCCAUGGAAAAAGUCUUCCACGCCUAUCGCAUCGACCACAUUCUCGGUUUCUUUCGCAUCUGGGAAAUUCCUGGCGAGGCAAUGUCGGGUCUUAGUGGCCGUUUUCGACCGGUAAAUCCUAUCCGGCGUAGUGAACUAGAGAGUCGCGGUAUCUGGGAUAUCGAACGCCUCUGCGAACCGUAUAUUAGCGAGACGCAACUUCGUCGUGUAUUCGGAGAUCAGAAGUGGAGCUUUGUUCGUGACUUCUUCUUUGAACCGUGGUACAAUCGCUAUCGUUUCCGACCGAAAUACAGCACCGAGGCCAGAUUGGAAGCAUUUUUCGCGAAAGAGGAGGAAGUGAGCAAGUUCUGCGCUCAGUCAGGAAUCGACGCGGAAUACUUGAAACUGGAGCUUUUCCGGUUUGUGAACAAUGUAAUUCUGCUCCGAGACUUAGACGAGCCCGACGAUGCCUUCCAUCCGCGUAUAGAGUUUUGGCGUGCGCCCACGUACUGGGAAUUGAACGGCGAUUGGCAACACAAACUGCGACAACUCUAUGAUGACUACUUUUUCCGGCGACAGGAGGUGCUGUGGCGUGACAAGGCCAUGGAGAAACUUCCGAUGUUGAAAGCGGCCAGCGAUAUGCUGGUAUGCGGCGAAGACCUUGGAAUGCUCCCAUCCUGCGUUUUCGAAGUGCUCGGAAGCCUCUGUAUCAUCGGAUUACGGGUGCAGCGAAUGCCAGAAAACGCUGAGUUUGGAGACUGCUCAAAGUACCCGUAUUUGACCGUGGCGACCCCAGGCUCACAUGAUACAAGCACGCUGCGCGGUUGGUGGGAGGAGAUCCCCUCGGAGAAGCGUCAACGCUUUUGGAAGAAUGUUAUGAAGCGAGAAGACGAAGCGCCCUCAGAGUGUACCCCAGAAACCGUGGAAUGGAUGAUCCGCGAUCAUUUGCACGCACCGAGCAUUCUGGCGAUUUUUCCGCUUCAAGACUUGCUGGGUAUGGACGCUAAGUUGCGUCGACCAGUCGCUUCAGAGGAACAGAUUAACGUGCCCGCGAAUCCGAAUCAUUACUGGCGCUUCCGCCUCCAUUUAUCUACCGGGAAGUUGGCACAAAGUCAAAAAUGGUUGCAAAAAAUAGCCUCCAUGGUGACGGAAAGCAAUCGACAGCGCCCACAGUAA